AUGAGCACCAUGCGGCUGCUGCUGCUCGCCCUGCUCUUCUCCUCCUCUUUCGCCCGCGCCGGCUGCGAUCCCAAGAUCGUCAAUAUCGGCGCGGUGCUGAGCACCAAGAAGCACGAGCAGAUCUUCCGCGAGGCGGUGAACCAGGCCAACAAGCGGCACGGCACCUGGAAGCUGCAGCUCAACGCCACCUCGGUCACGCACAAACCCAACGCCAUCCAGAUGGCUCUCUCCGUCUGCGAGGACCUCAUCUCCAGCCAGGUCUAUGCAAUAUUAGUUAGUCACCCUCCUGCUCCCAACGAUCACCUAACACCAACACCCGUAUCAUACACAGCUGGCUUCUACAGGAUCCCUGUCAUUGGUCUGACAACACGCAUGUCUAUAUAUUCUGAUAAGAGCAUCCACCUGUCCUUUUUGCGCACAGUCCCACCGUACUCUCACCAGGCCAAUGUCUGGUUUGAGAUGAUGAGAGUCUUCAACUGGAAUCACGUCAUUCUGAUAGUCAGCGACGACCACGAAGGUCGUGCUGCACAAAAGAAGCUGGAGACCCUCUUGGAGGAGAGAGAAUCCAAGAGUAAAAAAAGGAACUAUGAAAACCUCGACCAACUUUCCUAUGACAACAAGCGAGGACCCAAGGCUGAGAAAGUGCUGCAGUUUGACCCUGGGACCAAAAAUGUGACGUCGCUGCUGCUGGAGGCUAAAGAGCUGGAGGCUCGCGUCAUCAUCCUCUCUGCCAGUGAGGAUGAUGCGGCAACGGUGUACAGAUCAGCAGCCAUGCUCAAUAUGACGGGCUCCGGCUACGUGUGGCUGGUGGGGGAACGGGAGAUUUCGGGCAAUGCCCUGCGCUACGCCCCUGAUGGAGUCAUCGGCUUGCAGCUCAUCAAUGGGAAAAAUGAAUCAGCCCACAUCAGCGAUGCAGUGGCAGUGGUGGCCCAGGCUGUACAUGACUUGUUUGAGAAGGAGAACAUCACUGACCCACCACGGGGCUGUGUGGGCAACACCAACAUCUGGAAGACAGGGCCCCUUUUCAAGAGGGUGUUAAUGUCCUCUAAGUACUCAGAGGGUGUCACCGGACGGGUAGAAUUCAAUGAGGAUGGGGACAGGAAGUUUGCCAAUUACAGCAUCAUGAACCUGCAGAACCGCAAACUGGUCCAGGUUGGGAUUUACAACGGUAGUAAUGUCUUGACCAACGACCGGAAGAUCAUCUGGCCAGGGGGAGAAACCGAGAAACCUCAAGGCUAUCAGAUGUCGACCAAACUGAAGAUUGUAACAAUUCACCAAGAGCCCUUUGUGUAUGUGAAGCCCACGCAAGCAGAUGGGACGUGCAGGGAGGAAUUCACUAUCAAUGGCGACCCUGUCAAAAAGGUCUUUUGCACGGGGCCCAACGAGACCAUCCCAGGCCGGCCCACUGUGGCACUGUGUUGCUACGGCUUCUGCAUUGACCUGCUCAUCCGCCUGGCUGGUGUGAUGAACUUCACCUAUGAGGUUCACCUGGUGGCUGAUGGUAAAUUUGGUACCCAAGAGCGGGUUAACAACAGCAACAAGAAGGAGUGGAAUGGGAUGAUGGGGGAGCUGCUGAGUGGCCAGGCGGACAUGAUUGUGGCCCCCCUCACCAUCAACAACGAGCGGGCACAGUACAUCGAGUUCUCCAAGCCCUUCAAGUACCAGGGUCUUACCAUCCUUGUGAAGAAGGAAAUCCCCCGCAGCACCCUGGACUCAUUCAUGCAGCCCUUCCAGAGCACGCUGUGGCUGCUGGUGGGGCUGUCUGUGCAUGUGGUGGCAGUGAUGUUGUACCUGCUUGAUCGAUUCAGCCCAUUUGGACGGUUCAAAGUGAACAGUGAGGAGGAGGAGGAAGAUGCCCUGACACUCUCCUCAGCAAUGUGGUUCUCCUGGGGAGUCCUGCUGAACUCCGGCAUCGGAGAAGGUGCUCCCCGGAGUUUCUCUGCCCGUAUUCUGGGCAUGGUGUGGGCUGGAUUUGCUAUGAUCAUUGUGGCUUCCUACACUGCCAACCUGGCUGCCUUCCUGGUGUUGGACCGUCCUGAGGAGAGAAUUACGGGCAUCAACGACCCCCGGCUGCGCAACCCCUCCGAUAAGUUCAUUUAUGCCACGGUGAAGCAGAGCUCGGUGGACAUCUACUUCCGACGGCAGGUGGAGCUAAGCACCAUGUACAGGCACAUGGAGAAACACAACUAUGAGAGCGCAGCUGAAGCCAUCCAGGCUGUGCGGGACAACAAGCUCCACGCCUUCAUCUGGGACUCAGCAGUGCUGGAGUUUGAAGCCUCACAGAAGUGCGACCUGGUGACAACGGGGGAACUUUUCUUCCGCUCUGGCUUUGGGAUCGGGAUGCGCAAGGACAGCCCGUGGAAGCAGAACGUCUCACUGGCCAUCCUCAAGUCCCACGAGAACGGCUUCAUGGAGGAUUUGGACAAGACUUGGGUGAGGUAUCAGGAGUGUGAUUCCCGUAGCAAUGCCCCAGCAACACUCACCUUUGAAAAUAUGGCAGGUGUGUUUAUGCUGGUGGCUGGAGGUAUUGUUGCCGGGAUAUUUUUAAUAUUCAUAGAAAUAGCUUACAAAAGGCAUAAGGACGCGCGGAGGAAGCAGAUGCAGCUGGCGUUUGCGGCCGUUAAUGUGUGGAGGAAAAACCUGCAGAGAGAACUGAGAAGGAGGAGCAAAUGUAUCCCCGAGCAUGCUCUACGCACCAGCGGGAUACAUUUUGGUUACCCCCGUGCGGUAGCAGAGCCAGACCUGGUCACUCCGUCCCCCGUCGGCAAGGUCACACUCAUUGGCACGAAAGCAAUUGGGGAGGAAUCGUUGUCAGCGCCCGCCGCCGAGCGCGGCCGGUCCCCACGGCUCGCUGCCCCCGCACCGUGGCGGCUGGUGCUCCCAGCCUGCGCCAACCAGGAUAGAAAAAGUGGUAGAGCAGAACCUGACCCUAAAAAGAAAGCCACUUUUAGGUCCAUCACCUCCACCCUGGCCUCCAGCUUCAAGAGACGUAGGUCCUCCAAGGAUACGCAAUACCAUCCCACUGACAUCACUGGCCAGCUCAACCUCUCCGACCCCUCCGUCAGCACUGUGGUGUGACCUUCUCCCCAAGGGCCAUCAGUCCUUGCCCGGCACAGCAGGAAGGCACAGCCAGGACUGCCUCUCAAGGGACACUGAUGGGUUCUUCAGGGUGAGAUGGGAGUAAAGCAUCCUUCAUCCAUACACGGUGACUUCAUUGUAUAUCUCCCUCCCUCCCUAGGCCUGCUGCCAUACUCAUGCCCCAGAAUGCAUGGCAGAACCAGGACAGGGUUUGGACUUCACUGUACAGAGAUAACUGCUCCCAACCAGUGCUGUUGUUGAUCAGUAAUGCCACUGACUGGCUGCGUGCGAGGGGAAAGGACUUGGAAGGCACGUGGUGCCUGCUGUCCCGUGGUGACAGGGAAGAGCCAGCGCUGGGCUGCAGCCAUGUGCUUGGCUUCGCAGGCUCUGGGUUCUCUCAGAUCCCAGAGAUGUGCUCAUGGAGUGGCUGGGAAUGUGCUGCUGCUGUGCUGUGAUCUACCACCAGCACAGCAGAGCUGGGAGACGUGCAUGCUUCUCCUGGUCAGGGGAUGAACACCCGCUCCCCUCCAUCAGCCUCUGCUCAAAGCCCAUGGUACGACCAAAUGUGGUGCUCUGGAGCUUCCAGCCAAGAUCCUGGCUCCCCAUAUCUACACACAAGGCAUUCCCAGAGCAUGGCUGUGGCCAGCACAUAACUCUCACACUGUAGCUGACCUGGCCAGGAGACAAACAAGGCAAACCGGGUGCCAGCUCAGGAGGGAGCAACUAAACGAGAUUGCCCAGAGCCACUCCUCCCCAUGCUCCAAGCGCCUACAGGCUGGUGCUUCAAGCAGUUAUGGGCACCCCAGCACCCAGGAAACACCACCCAGGCCGGGGAUGAGUGCCUGCAGAGUGUGCAUGAGCAGCGAGGGCAGAAAACCCACCUGCAACGUGGUACCAAGCCCCCGUAGUGAGAACCACCUUCUCCUUGCCCCAGCUGAGCAGGUGUGGCAGACAGGGCCAGCAAGAUUUUUGGGUGGCAGCUGGGGUCUGUGAGCAUUGUCCCACUGACUGCAGUGGCUCCAUUAAGUUCAUCUCACUCCAGCUGAGAAAUCAGGCCCAUUCGACUUUAUACGUCAGUGUAACAUUGAUACCAAGUUUUUUCAAGAGCUCAGUAAAGUCUAGACUGGAUUGUGGAGUGGUUUAUUGCCGCGUCGUGUGCCUCCAUCUGUUUCUGCCUCUCCGCAGAGCUGGCAGGAAACCCCAUGCUGAAUCAGAGCCUCACCCAGCACUGCUGCAGGGCUCACAGCAAAAGGUGGGGGGACAGGGAGGGAUGGAGCAGGGAGAUGGCUGGGAGCUGCAGGGAGGGCCGGGAGGAGCGAGGCAUUCCUAUUCCGGAAUGCCAGGAUGGUUGGAGAUUGUGGGGACAGAUGCAGGCUGAAACCAAAAACCAGCACCAUGCAAACUGGCUUGCACCCACCUCCAUCCAGAUGGAAAUUGGAUCAAGACUGCUGGGACAUAUUUUUCUUGCCACCCCCGGAUGGUGACAGCAGCCAUCUCACCAGCUGCUGCAGGACCUCAUCCUCACGCCCAACAUGGAGCCAAGCAGAGUGAAGGGCAUAGCAGCAACCCCACAUGCCCUUUCCCUCCAAGUGUUUUCCUUUGCGAUGUCAUACAACCCCCAAGAAGGUUGUGACAUCACUGGUGACAUCAUUCCCUUCCAGUUUUGCCUCUCUAUCUUCUUCAGGGCUUGAAAUUUGUCCCGAUGUUCCCAGCCAGUGGCCACAAUGAUUUGAGCCCCCAGGAAGGAUGGCUGUGCCC